AUGGUUAUCUUGUUAUCCAACCGGGGAGGUUUGAUUGCGAACAUUCCUGAUAGUGGAAGUUCGGAACUUGGAGCUAUUUCGAGUAAUGGGGUUAGUCGGGUUGAACUGGUUCGUAGGCAGAUGACCGAACUCUAUGCGAAUUCGCCUUCCCCAAGUUCAGAGGAUACAAACAGCUUGCCACAUGAAUGUCGAGAUGUGAUUGAUCACAAGGGGUACGCAAACCAAUGCGCCUUCUUGAAGGCCAAUCCACAAUGCUUCUCUGAUGGCUUCUUCGAUUACGUUCAUUUCUUGUACUGUGAUUGUGGCAACUUCAGAUGGCUGGGGUUUCUUGUACUGGGAAUCUGGCUUGCUGCAUUGUUCUACCUGCUGGGAAACACUGCUGCUGAUUACUUCUGCCGCUCGUUGGAAAAGCUCUCGAGUCUAUUGAAGCUUCCCCCUACUGUUGCUGGUGUGGCCCUUCUACCGCUUGGGAAUGGAGCUCCCGAUGUGUUUGCAAGCAUCGCUGCGUUCCUCGGAGAGAAUCAGGGUGGCGUGGGGCUCAAUAGCGUGUUGGGAGGUGCUGUGUUUGUGACCUCUGUUGUAGUUGGUGCUGUCUCGUUGUGUGUGGCGGGGAAGGAAGUGCAGAUUGAUCGGAGAUGUUUUGUCAGGGACAUAUGUUUCUUCCUUGUUGCUCUCUUCUCGUUGCUGACGAUUUUAAUGGUUGGUAGAGUGACUGUUACAGCUGCAAUUGCAUUUGUUUUUAUCUAUGUGGUGUAUGCAUUCUUUGUAGCUGCUAAUGAGCUCUUGAGGAAACAUGCUCAGAGGUUGAAGUUGGAUUCCGUGACACCAUUGAUUCCUGUCAGGGGAAGUGUGUUUUCUUUAGGAGGAGAGGAAGAAGAUGUAGGGUCGGUUUACAGCUCUCUGCUCGAGGUGGAUACCGAGAGCAACGCCAUACAUGAUCUACCACCCUCUUUGCCCUCGUGGAUGUGGGCUUCAAACGUGGCGAUAUUCUCGAACCACUCCUCGAAGUAUAACUCUAUGGACGAGGAAAGGUCGCCGUGGGGAUGGAAUGAUGAUGGUGAGGGGAGAUCAGAGAUGAGAAAGUGUUCACUGUCGUAUUCGCGAUUGUUUUCAAUCAUGGAGAUGCCAUUAACAAUACCAAGGAGGCUGACAAUCCCACUCGUGGACGAUGAAACAUGGUCAAAGCCAUAUGCAGUCAGCAGUGCAGCAUUAGCUCCCCUUCUUAUGGCAUAUCUAUGGAGUACGCAAGUGGAUAUCUCUCCUUCGAGUAAAAUCGUCGGUUAUAUAAUCGGAAUAUCACUCGGCUGCACUUUUGGGAUUUUAGCUUAUCAGCAGACCCUGCCUGAUCGACCUCCUCGGACCUUUAUAUUAGCAUGGGUUCUAGGAGGGUUCGUGAUGAGCAUCGUCUGGUUCUACAUGAUAGCAAACGAGCUCGUCUCUCUAUUAGUUGCAUUUGGCACUAUAUUAAGAAUCAAUCCAUCAAUCUUGGGGCUAACUGUACUGGCAUGGGGCAACUCCAUGGGCGAUCUGGUCUCCAACGUUGCACUGGCAAUGAACGGUGGGGACAGUCUGCAGAUUGCCAUGUCUGGUUGCUAUGCUGGUCCAAUGUUCAACACACUCAUUGGAUUGGGUGCCUCAAUGGUAUUGGGCGCCUGGUCGAGGAGCAACAGUACGUAUGAGAUCCCUCAUGAUGGCACGUUGUUCUUGACCAUUGGAUUUCUCGUAUCUGGGUUGCUCUGGGCUCUCGUUGUGCUGCCUAGAAAUGAUAUGCGUCCUAAUACGACGUUGGGCUUUGGGCUUAUAGUGAUGUAUCUGGUCUUUCUUACUGUGAGGCUGACUGGUGUCACAAGCUUCGUAGUGACUUGA